AUGGUGUCGGAGAGGCGGAGCCGGAGCAAAGUAAGAGCAGGGGGAGGGCGGCCGUCGGAUUGGGAGUCGGGACUGGAGAUGGAGAAGAGGAGUCGCGGUGCUGGUCUCGCCGGAGAGGAAGAGGAGUCGCACUGUCGCAGCUCGCGCCUCGCAGAGAGGAAGAGAAGAGAGGAGUCACUCGCGCGGAGAGGAAGAGAGGAAGAGAGGAGUCGCCGAUUAGGGUUUGUGAAUUUGUGA